AUGUUAAACAAUGUAUCUACAUUGAGAAAUGUAAAGAGUGUGGGCGUCGGGCAGCUGGGCGCGGCGUCGCGGUGUAUGUCGCGCGCGGGGUCGCUGGGCGGCUGGGGCGGCGCGGCCAUCCCGCACACGUUCGAGGUGCACUCGUACACGCGGCCCACGGUGUGCCGCCACUGCAAGAAGCUGCUGCGCGGCCUGUUCAAGCAGGGCCUGCAGUGCAAGGACUGCCACUACAACGCGCACCGCAAGUGUAUCCCCUUCAUCCCCAAGGACUGCGGCGGCGAGAUACGCGACCAGCACAGUGAGUCACGUCAGACUAACCUACAUAUCUUCAGCGCAGGCGAGUACCAGGACAGUAGUACGGGCAGCGAACUGUCAGAGUCAGCGCGACUGCCCGAUGAGGAGUCAGAUGACGGCGGGAACGAGGCCGCUGAGAGUGCAACCGGGGACGAUGGAGAGGUGGAGCUCCGCCGGCGUCCGGACGAGCCGCAGCGCGACAGUCUGCCGGACCGGUCCGCCAGCCGCCCCAGCAGAUCUGACUCGUGUGCACGUUACAGCUCGUCCUCCUCGCCCAGCGCCAACAUACCACUCAUGCGCAUCGUACAGUCCGUCAAACACACCAAGAAGAGGGACGGACAGUGGCUCAAAGAGGGCUGGCUCGUACACUUCACUAAUAAGGACAAAACUUUGAAACGUCACUACUGGCGUCUGGACAGCAAAUCGAUCACAUUGUUCACAUCGGAACAAGGCAGCAAGUACUACAAGGAGAUCCCGCUCAACGAGAUCCUGGCUAUCGACACUGCUAGGCAACCACAUCCCGGGACAGACGUGAUGCACUGCUUCGAGGUGCGCACGGCCAACGUGGACUACCUGGUGGGCGUGGAGGAGGCCUGGGCCGGCGCCGCGCCGCCGCCGCCCGACUCGGGGCUCGGCGCCUACCUCGCGCGCUCCUGGGAGACUGCCGUCAGGCACGCGCUGCUGCCCGUCACGCACCACUCCGUGUCAUUCCCGUGUAUAGCCGAGGCGCGGGGCUGCGCGCUGGCGGAGGCGGAGGGCGAGGGCAGCACAGAGGAACGAGUCACUGACAUGGCGCAGCUCUACCAGAUCUAUCCAGACGAGGUGCUCGGAUCCGGACAGUUCGGCAUCGUCUACGGAGGCCUGCAUCGACGCUCCAAGAGACCCGUUGCCAUCAAGGUGAUAGACAAACUCCGGUUUCCCACUAAACAAGAAGCUCAGUUGAAGAACGAGGUAGCCAUACUACAGAACUUAUCCCACCCUGGUGUCGUCAACUUGGAGCGUAUGUUCGAAACACCCGAGCGUAUCUUUGUGGUGAUGGAGAAGUUGAAGGGAGACAUGCUCGAGAUGAUCCUGUCACAUGAGAACGGGAGGCUUACGGAAAGAAUCACUAAAUUCUUAGUGGCACAGAUCCUGGUAGCUCUGAAGCACCUGCACGAGAAAAACAUCGUGCACUGCGACCUCAAGCCAGAGAAUGUCCUGCUGUCCACGGAUGAAGAGUUUCCGCAAGUCAAACUCUGUGAUUUUGGCUUCGCCAGAAUCAUUGGGGAGAAAUCUUUCAGGAGAUCCGUGGUCGGGACGCCAGCGUAUCUUGCUCCAGAAGUCCUUCGCAACAAAGGGUACAACCGGUCACUGGACAUGUGGUCGGUGGGAGUGAUCAUAUACGUGUCACUGUCGGGCACGUUUCCCCUUCAACGAGGACGAGGACAUCAACGAACAGAUACAGAACGCUGCCUUCAUGUACCCGCCCACGCCGUGGAGGGAGAUCUCUGCCGAAGCGAUCGACCUGAUCAACAACUUGCUGCAAGUGAAGCAGCGCAAGCGCCUGUCGGUGGACAAGUCGGUGGCGCACGCGUGGCUGCAGACGCGCGGCGCGUGGCGCGACCUGCGCGCGCUCGAGGCCCGCGUGGGCGCGCGCUACCUCACGCACCCCAGCGACGACGCGCGCUGGGCCGAGCGCUGACCGGGGCCCAGCGCAUGCUGCCCCGUUCUAGAAGACUCCCCGGUUGGUAA